AUGGCCUCCAAUGUCCCCGUGACGCUUGAUACCCUUAUCAUCAUCAAGGUCUUGUAUUUGGGACAUAACCGAAAGUUUAAGGUUCCUCUCAGAGACCUUGGGCCUAGUGUCCUGCCCGACAGACUCCGCAGCCUCCUUCAGAUCCACCCCGACGAGGAUGUCACGUUCGAGCGUUACUCCGACAGCGUGGGCGCCUACGUGAUUCUCGAUACCAACAACUCCCAAGUCUACAAGACACUAUUUCGUGCUGCGAAAGCAAAGCUUAAGCUUCGCCUGAGAGCCAGCCAUGCGAACAUGGAAGAGGAUACUCCAGCUGUUCCAGUAAUUCAACCCAACGUAGAUCCACUUCCCCCGUCCGAGGGUAGCUCCCUUCAUCGGAUGAGCUCCGACACACUUGCACCACGACUUCCUGAGCAGAUUUCGCCUGUAAUCGCGCACUCGCCCGCCCUACCCUCUUCGCUCUCGAAUCAUGCUGGGGAGGAAGCUAAGGCUGCCCAGGCCAGCCCUGUCUCACCUGUCCUAGCCAACAGUACAGAUAACGGCGAGGCACUCGUACCUCAGUUGUUCAUGGGUCGUGACAAAUUCUAUGGUGGUGUACGUUGCCCAACCGAAUCCCAGAUGCCAGAACUUCCACUCCGGCCCAAGCCAUCCUCGCACAACUGCAUGACCUCAUGGGUUGUCUUCUGCAAUAACUGCAACCAGGCAAUGGAAGAUGAACACUUUCAUUGUAGCAUCUGCGACCAUGGUGACUAUGAUCUGUGCCAGACAUGUGUGGAUGCUGGCAUUCACUGCCCAGGUGCUGGUCACUGGAUGGUGAAGCGUUUUGUGAAGGACGGUGCGGUUGUCACCAGUGUUGUUGAGCGUAUUGGUCCAAAAUCAAAGCAGGUCGUCGAGCAGGAAAUGCCCGGCACGUAUACAGAUGAAAAACAGUCUGUCGAACCAGAUCAGCCGACACGCACAUGCAACUCUUGCGUCAAUGUACUCCCUGAGAAUGAAUUUGUUACAUGCGUUGCAUGCGACGAUUACGACUUGUGCUUGGAAUGCCACAUCGCCAACAAGCAUGGUCACCAUCCCGGCCAUGCCUUCAAGGCCGCAACUCCAGACACAGUCCUCCCCACAAUUGCCGACUUCCUAUGCAAUGCUGGCCGCAAUGUGCGCCAUUCUGCAGUCUGCGAUGGCUGUGAGAAAUUCAUCUACGGUGUUCGUCACAAGUGCCUGAACUGCCCUGACUGGGACUUUUGCUCCGAAUGCAUCAAGAGUGCGAAAUUCAUCCACCCCCGACACCGCUUUGUACCCAUCUAUGAGCCCCUGGCCGAGCCGGCCUCGGUUGCUGUCCGUCACUAUGGCAUCUACUGCGACGGUCCCCUUUGCAAAGACAAGGAGAAUCCUUCGUACAUCGAAGGUACUCGUUACAAGUGCGCAGUCUGCCAUGACACUGACUUCUGUGCCAACUGCGAGGCCAUCCCCUCCAACCGCCACAACCGCACUCAUCCGCUGAUCAAGUUCAAGACGCCUGUUCGUAGCGUCAGCGUCACGACGAUGGGCGAGGAUAAGAAUGGACUGCCCAUGGCCAGAUUGGGUGAUCAGCCAAAUAGACGGUCUACGGCCACCGAGACUUUGCCCGUUUUCUCACCCACUAACUCUGCUACACAAGUCCAGACUAUAGUAGACGUGAAACCGGUCGAAGAGCAGCAAUCGAAAAGAUCGAAGGAAAAGAUCGAGAUACGCGAUCUUCUCCUUGAUCCUGUGCCAGAGAAGAUUCUCUCGACAGCUACUCGCUCUGUUGAACCCGUUCAGUCCGCCCCCGAACCCAAAGCCGAACCGAAACAGGAGAAUUUUGACGCUCAUUUCAUACGUGAUACGAUCCCUGACGGAUCUAAGAUUGGCGCAGGCUUGAACUUUGUUCAGGUCUGGACACUUCGCAACCCGGGGCCAAACCCCUGGCCAGCUGGCUGCAGCGUUCGCCAUGUAGGUGGUGACAAUAUGCUCAACAUCGACAACACUCGUCCACUUAGCCAUAGCGAGCUUGCGGAAGCGAGUGAGAGCAAUGUCAUUGGUCGCCCCGUCGAGUCGGGAGAGGAAAUAUCCUUCCGCAUCAUGAUGAAGGCACCUAACCGAGAGGGUACCGCGAUAUCUUACUGGCGUCUCAAGACUGCCGAAGGCACGCCCUUCGGCCACAGGCUCUGGUGCGACAUCCAGGUCGUUGGACCCACCACGCCAAUCACAAUUCCUACCACGACCGCCCCUGAAAUGACAUCCCUUCGAUCUGGUGAGCCUGUGGAAGCUUCGAGCUCUUCUUCAAGGUUACCAGUUGUGAUUGAAGCUACACGUUUCUCACCUGAUCUCCAAGAACAACUCCGCAGGAAGCGUCAGCUUCUUGAUGCAGCUCUGCGCACGGAAUUGGCUCCCGAGAAGAUGGCCGCUCAGCCCAAGUCCCCUGGGUCGAGGGACGCUCAUACUUUCGAAAGGGAGAGGAUGCUCCGUAUCCAAAAGGUACGAGAGGCUGCUGUCAAGCGCGUUCUCGAAAGCCGUCGUCGGGAAAGUGAAAACUUGCAAGCAAAUGCAGCCGUGAACCAGGAUACGUCAAACAUCGAGAAACAGGACACGGCCGAACUCCCAGUGCCCGAAAAAGUGGUCGAAGCCCAGGGAGAGUCCUCUGGCAUGAUCUUCCCUCAGCUCGAGAAAGAGUCUCCUGCAUCGAGCACACAUGAGGCGGCGGCCUCCACUCAGCUCAAAUCCCCGGAGGUCCGAUCUCGCAGCACCACUAUCGGUGCCUCGUCCGUAAACUCAGAGGAAGAAUUCUUCGAGGACGCUGAAAGCGUUGAGAUUCGCUCAAUGUCUAGCGAUGACGAAGGGUUCAUGACAGAUGAAGAGUACGAUAUUCUCGACGCCAGCGACGAGGAGAUCGUCUGA